AUGGCGGAGCACAUGCAGCUUGCAACUGAAGAAGGCCAGGAGAUGCUGUUGGAGGAAAUCCCAGAAAGUCCCAGCGCCAAACCAAGGCACUGGUACCUUGCUGGUGCCGGCCUUGCCCUGCUUGUGGUGCUUGGAGUGGCUGCCAAGGUUGUGUACCGCUCACCUGAGACCUUGCUGCAGUCCAAGAACUUCGACAUCAACACUGUCCAGGAAUGGGAGCAGAUCCCUGGAAUCGACCAGGUGGUGGAGCACGCCAAGACCUUGGAAUUGAAGCAGCCGUUGCGAAAUCUCAACGACCUCUUCUACCAAUCUCAGCCGGAGGAGCUUCCUUGGAUCCGCACCGAGUGCGUCAUUGAUGUGGUUCAGGGAGCUGCUUACUUGGGCCAGGCUGUGGUCUUCCUUUACAAGGCCAUCAAAUAUGAUGGAAUUCGAUGCCCAGACAAUUCUCCAGCAGGUUGUGCUGCGAGUAUUGCGGGUUUCAUCACCUCAGUGACUUGGAUUGCCUCCUACCUGUCCUUCGCAGCAAAUGCAUGCGGUGCAGCGGUGAACUCUGGUGCCCUUUGUGCUGGCGACUGGACUGCUUUGAUGGCCAACUUCGGUGAAAUGGCCACUGUAGGAGCGGCUGUGAAGGAGGACUGCGACUUCAAUAAGGACUGGCUUGCUCUCCUCAAGAUCACUGGCACUGAUGAUGCAGGACCAGGAUGGAAGACUUUCGUCCCCGCUGGUGCUAUGCCCACAGUUGAGACUGUCCAGAAGGUCGAUGCGCUUCGAACUGCGGACCGAAACCGUGCCUUUGACCUCACCCAGUGCGUCGUCGCAGAUGUGACCAACGCGGCCGCUUACAUCGUGCGAGCCAUUCUCCAGAUCCGCUCGGCCGCAUCGGCCUGCCCAGAGCCAAAGUCGCUGGCUGUGUCUGACUGCUGGGACAAGGGAAGUCAGAAGGCCUUGUGCGCGGCCGACAUCUCUGACAUGGUUGCAGCAGUGACGAACGGUCCUGCGGCAGGCAUCGCAACCACCUCCGAUUGUGCAGACAUGCCAGACCCGCUUGAAGAGGAGAAGCACUUGCCAAUGGAGAUGCUGUUGGAGGAAAUCCCAGAAAGUCCCAGCGCCAAACCAAGGCACUGGUACCUUGCUGGUGCCGGCCUUGCCCUGCUUGUGGUGCUUGGAGUGGCUGCCAAGGUUGUGUACCGCUCACCUGAGACCUUGCUGCAGUCCAAGAACUUCGACAUCAACACUGUCCAGGAAUGGGAGCAGAUCCCUGGAAUCGACCAGGUGGUGGAGCACGCCAAGACCUUGGAAUUGAAGCAGCCGUUGCGAAAUCUCAACGACCUCUUCUACGAAUCUCAGCCGGAGGAGCUUCCUUGGAUCCGCACCGAGUGCGUCAUUGAUGUGGUUCAGGGAGCUGCUUACUUGGGCCAGGCUGUGGUCUUCCUUUACAAGGCCAUCAAAUAUGAUGGAAUUCGAUGCCCAGACAAUUCUCCAGCAGGUUGUGCUGCGAGCAUUGCGGGUUUCAUCACCUCAGUGACUUGGAUUGCCUCCUACCUGUCCUUCGCAGCAAAUGCAUGCGGUGCAGCGGUGAACUCUGGCGCCCUUUGUGCUGGCGACUGGACUGCUUUGAUGGCCAACUUCGGUGAAAUGGCCACUGUAGGAGCGGCUGUGAAGGAGGACUGCGACUUCAAUAAGGACUGGCUUGCUCUCCUCAAGAUCACUGGCACUGAUGAUGCAGGACCAGGAUGGAAGACUUUCGUCCCCGCUGGUGCUAUGCCCACAGUUGAGACUGUCCAGAAGGUCGAUGCCCUUCGAACUGCGGACCGAAACCGUGCCUUUGACCUCACCCAGUGCGUCGUCGCAGAUGUGACCAACGCGGCCGCUUACAUCGUGCGAGCCAUUCUCCAGAUCCGCUCGGCCGCAUCGGCCUGCCCAGAGCCAAAGGCCUGUGCCAUUAACAUCAUGAAUAUCAUCUCCUCGUUUGCAUGGAUCUCCCAGUUCACGUCGCUGGCUGUGUCUGACUGCUGGGACAAGGGAAGUCAGAAGGCCUUGUGCGCGGCCGACAUCUCUGACAUGGUUGCAGCAGUGACGAACGGUCCUGCGGCAGGCAUCGCAACCACCUCCGAUUGUGCAGACAUGCCAGACCCGCUUGAAGAGGAGAAGCACUUGCCAAUGGAGAUGCUGUUGGAGGAAAUCCCAGAAAGUCCCAGCGCCAAACCAAGGCACUGGUACCUUGCUGGUGCCGGCCUUGCCCUGCUUGUGGUGCUUGGAGUGGCUGCCAAGGUUGUGUACCGCUCACCUGAGACCUUGCUGCAGUCCAAGAACUUCGACAUCAACACUGUCCAGGAAUGGGAGCAGAUCCCUGGAAUCGACCAGGUGGUGGAGCACGCCAAGACCUUGGAAUUGAAGCAGCCGUUGCGAAAUCUCAACGACCUCUUCUACGAAUCUCAGCCGGAGGAGCUUCCUUGGAUCCGCACCGAGUGCGUCAUUGAUGUGGUUCAGGGAGCUGCUUACUUGGGCCAGGCUGUGGUCUUCCUUUACAAGGCCAUCAAAUAUGAUGGAAUUCGAUGCCCAGACAAUUCUCCAGCAGGUUGUGCUGCGAGUAUUGCGGGUUUCAUCACCUCAGUGACUUGGAUUGCCUCCUACCUGUCCUUCGCAGCAAAUGCAUGCGGUGCAGCGGUGAACUCUGGCGCCCUUUGUGCUGGCGACUGGACUGCUUUGAUGGCCAACUUCGGUGAAAUGGCCACUGUAGGAGCGGCUGUGAAGGAGGACUGCGACUUCAAUAAGGACUGGCUUGCUCUCCUCAAGAUCACUGGCACUGAUGAUGCAGGACCAGGAUGGAAGACUUUCGUCCCCGCUGGUGCUAUGCCUACAGUUGAGACUGUCCAGAAGGUCGAUGCCCUUCGAACUGCCGACCGAAACCGUGCUUUUGACCUGACCCAGUGCGUUGUCGCAGAUGUGACUAACGCGGCCGCUUACAUCGUGCGAGCCAUUCUCCAGAUCCGCUCGGCCGCAUCGGCCUGCCCAGAGCCAAAGGCCUGUGCCAUUAACAUCAUGAAUAUCAUCUCCUCGUUUGCCUGGAUCUCCCAGUUCACGUCACUGGCUGUGUCUGAUUGCUGGGACAAGGGAAGCCAGAAGGCCUUGUGCGCGGCCGACAUCUCUGAUAUGGUUGCAGCUGUGACGAACGGUCCUGCUGCAGGCAUCGCAACCACCUCUGAUUGUGCAGACAUGCCCGAUCCGCUUGAAGAGGAGAAGCACUUGCCCAUGGAGAUGCUGUUGGAGGAAAUCCCAGAAAGUCCCAGCGCCAAACCAAGGCACUGGUACCUUGCUGGUGCCGGCCUUGCCCUGCUUGUGGUGCUUGGAGUGGCUGCCAAGGUUGUGUACCGCUCACCUGAGACCUUGCUGCAGUCCAAGAACUUCGACAUCAACACUGUCCAGGAAUGGGAGCAGAUCCCUGGAAUCGACCAGGUGGUGGAGCACGCCAAGACCUUGGAAUUGAAGCAGCCGUUGCGAAAUCUCAACGACCUCUUCUACGAAUCUCAGCCGGAGGAGCUUCCUUGGAUCCGCACCGAGUGCGUCAUUGAUGUGGUUCAGGGAGCUGCUUACUUGGGCCAGGCUGUGGUCUUCCUUUACAAGGCCAUCAAAUAUGAUGGAAUUCGAUGCCCAGACAAUUCUCCAGCAGGUUGUGCUGCGAGUAUUGCGGGUUUCAUCACCUCAGUGACUUGGAUUGCCUCCUACCUGUCCUUCGCAGCAAAUGCAUGCGGUGCAGCGGUGAACUCUGGUGCCCUUUGUGCUGGCGACUGGACUGCUUUGAUGGCCAACUUCGGUGAAAUGGCGACUGUAGGAGCGGCUGUGAAGGAGGACUGCGACUUCAAUAAGGACUGGCUUGCUCUCCUCAAGAUCACUGGCACUGAUGAUGCAGGACCAGGAUGGAAGACUUUCGUCCCCGCUGGUGCUAUGCCCACAGUUGAGACUGUCCAGAAGGUCGAUGCCCUUCGAACUGCCGACCGAAACCGUGCUUUUGACCUGACCCAGUGCGUUGUCGCAGAUGUGACUAACGCGGCCGCUUACAUCGUGCGAGCCAUUCUCCAGAUCCGCUCGGCCGCAUCGGCCUGCCCAGAACCAAAGGCCUGUGCCAUUAACAUCAUGAAUAUCAUCUCCUCGUUUGCCUGGAUCUCCCAGUUCACGUCACUGGCUGUGUCUGAUUGCUGGGACAAGGGAAGCCAGAAGGCCUUGUGCGCGGCCGACAUCUCUGAUAUGGUUGCAGCUGUGACGAACGGUCCUGCUGCAGGCAUCGCAACCACCUCUGAUUGUGCAGACAUGCCCGAUCCGCUUGAAGAGGAGAAGCACUUGCCCAUGGACUAA